CCCUCUAUCUCUCUCCCUCCCCCCCUCUCUAAACUUUCUCGACACUUGCUGGUUGGAGCGUCGAGAGGGAUUUUACACCGGCUCGGGCUGUGCUUUUUUUGAGAUGCGAGGGGUUUCGUUUGCAACUUCGAGGCAGAAAGCUGGCAGUGUUUUGGGGGGAUGCAGUUUCCCGGAGCUGAGGGCGGUGUAAGUUUAUUCAAUGCUUCCUCCCUCGCAGAGCGCCGCGAUGGUAUCUACAAUGUCUGCGCUCCUCUGCAUCGGGAUAGCGACGUGCGCCUUGGUGUACGGUCACGGACAACUGCCGCCAACACUUGAGCAACUUUAUCUCCACCGCCCAGACGGGGGGACGUGUGAAGUGAUAGCCGCGCACAGAUGCUGCAACAAGAAUCGAAUCGAAGAGCGAUCACAGACUGUGAAGUGUUCCUGUCUGCCGGGGAAAGUGGCUGGUACAACAAGAGCCAGACCUUCGUGUGUUGAUGCUUCCAUUGUUAUUGGGAAAUGGUGGUGCGAGAUGGAACCUUGUGUAGAAGGAGAGGAAUGCAAAACGUUACCGGAUAAUUCAGGAUGGAUGUGUGCUUCUGGCAACAGAGUCAAAACCACAAAGAUCCAUCCUAGAACCUAAAACCUGGGACCACACUACCCUCACUGAUCCCAGAUGGAAGACAGCCAUUGUGAAGGACAGUUAAUGGAACUGCGGAAGUCACAUCGAAAUUUAUGAUGUAAAAGUGAAAUGCCAUCAGAAGCAUCCGAGGGCCAGUUAGACUCAGUACUUUGCACAGUGACUGAUGACUGCAGUGACUGAUCUUCAUUUCCACUGAUGGUGGUGCAGAGACAGUGUAAAACCUGCCUCCCCUUCAGCGAGCGACGCCAAGAUCAAGUAUCCAACAGCCCUGGACCUUUUGCGCUGCGAUUCUUCGAUUUGAUGCAACUUUCACAUCGCUCAUUGAUGUGAUCCGGCACUGCUCACCCAAGGAGUCAAGUUGCAAUGGAGUUAAUGCACUUCCUCAUGUCAGCGGGUAUACGGAGCUGACUGGAUAUAUUCAAUUCUAUAUCAAAAGAGGUAUCACAGAGGAGCAACCUGAAAUCAGAAAGCAACGUGCUUUAUUUCUGGAGACGACGUGCUCCAAAUCUGCAAUGAAUCUACAGCCAUUUCUAUAACUCCCAUACAGUCCUAUCAAGCACUAAUAGCAUGCUGGUUUUGGUCAAUAUACUCUGUCUGUCCAGAGUGCAUUGAUGUGAACAACUACACAAAAAUCACACCUGAUGUUCACAUGGGAUGAUGUUAAAAAGAAACAGUUCCAGCCUUUCCAGAUGUGCAACACCAAGGUUAUAACCAUAAGAUGCAGAUGAACAUUGACUGUGGAAGUUAGUUGGCGUGGCCAUUUAUUUUCUCUCUCUUUUGUAUUCAAGAGAGCUGUACAUAUGUCUGAUUACUUUGUAUAAUUAGUAUGGUCUACAGUACAUGAAACUGUUUACCCUUACAGUGGUCGCUCAUUUUUACUAGUAGAUUUAAAAAAGAAGUAUUAACCUUAAAUCUGAAGCUUGCAGGAAGCUUGGAUGUGCAAUAAUUGAUGCGCAGUUUUCCCAGAAUCACAUCACACGGAGUCAAACUACAUCAGAGCAUCUUCAAGACAAUUGAAAUGGUUCAACUGGGAAACAUCUGAUGGUGUUGCAUUCACACAAUGCAUUUACCAGAGUUAUUUUGCUUGCUAGAAAGACAGUGUCCCUCGUGACAUUUGCAUCGUAAAACAUCAGAAAGCACAUUUGUUGGAACAAUAUCCUUUGCAGUCUCCUGAACUUUGCAUAAACAUUCCAGAAGAGUCAACUCCUUUUCAUUUAUUUCAAGAAAUUAUAUAAAUAUUCAAUGUUUCUUUUGAAGUGUUCAGAUUGAACACUCGUAUUCUAAUAAAUACAAACAAGAACCGA